GAAGACACUGUCAUGAAGGAGAAUGGGGAAUUUGUUAAAAAGCAAGGAAACCAUUUUACCUGCAUGUGACAAUCCCAGAGGACACCGAUCAAGAAACAGGGGAGUGACUUGGUCUUCUGCACUACUUUACUCCUACCCCAAUUUUUUUAGGGGGAGAGAAGGAUUUUUCCAGUCCAAGAAUCUCUUGCCCCCAAGUUUUGGAAGGGGGUUGAAGACUUGUUACCCAUCUGGGGGUGCAUGAAGGGUAUUGGUUUUCUUUCUCUGUUAACUUGGUUUUGUGAAGGGUUGGAAGAGAAUUUUGCCUUCCUGACUUGCCUGGAACAAGAGGAUGAUUUGGAAGUGGCUGGGCGCUUUGCUGCUUUUCCCCGUGCAGAUGGUUUAUUUGGUGGUGAAAGCUGCCGUGUGCAUGGUGCUGCCGCCCAAGCUCCGAGACCUGUCCGGGGAGAAUGUGCUCAUCACCGGAGGGGGCAGAGGCAUCGGCCGCCAUCUGGCCAGGGAGUUUGCUAAACGAGGAGCCAGAAAGAUCAUCCUGUGGGGUCGAACUGAGAAAUGCCUGAAGGAGACCACAGAGGAAAUCAGGAUGAUGGGGACAGAAUGCCAUUAUUUCAUUUGUGAUGUAGGAAAUCGAGAGGAGGUCUAUCGGCAAGCCAAAGCUGUGCGGGAAAAGGUGGGUGAUAUCACUAUCCUGGUGAACAAUGCUGCUGUGGUCCAUGGUAAGAGCCUGAUGGACAGCGAUGAUGAUGCACUGCUCAAAUCACAACAUAUAAACACCCUAGGACAGUUCUGGACCGCCAAAGCAUUCCUGCCAAGGAUGCUGGAGUUGCAGAAUGGACACAUUGUUUGCCUGAACUCUGUCCUGGCCUUGUCAGCCAUCCCUGGUGCCAUUGACUAUUGCACCUCCAAAGCCUCGUCCUUUGCCUUUAUGGAGAGCCUGACCUUGGGGCUGCUAGACUGUCCUGGAGUGAAUGCCACAACAGUCCUGCCCUUCCACACGAGCACAGAGAUGUUUCAGGGCAUGAGAAUCAGGUUCCCUAAUCUUUUUCCUCCUCUCAAGCCAGAGACAGUGGCUAGGAGGACAGUAGAAGCUGUUCAGAUGAAUCAAGCCUUCCUGCUCCUUCCAUGGACAAUGCAUGUUCUUGUCAUCCUGAAAAGCAUUCUCCCUCAGGCAGCACUUGAAGAAAUCCACAAGUUUUCUGGGAGCUACACCUGCAUGAACACUUUUAAAGGACGAACAUAGACUUGAUGGUGCAAGGACUAUUCUUCAGUGAAACCAACACAAGCAUGAAAAUCCUGACAAGACUGUGAAUCAGCAGGCUUGGCUUUUCGCCUGUUCACAUGACUUGCGCUGCUCUGAGGCAACACAUUUCUUGCAGGUCAUAUCCAUAGUAACAUGACCUUUGCACAGGAUUGAAUGACUAGACUAUGGACCCUUGGAAAGAAAAACAAAAAGCGUGAAAUGCUUAUAUGAUGUUUAAUUCUUUAGAGUUCAAUUGUUAAAUCUACUCAUAGUUUUAAGAUGUAAUUUUUGGUUCUAAAGUGUCUGUAGGCUGUCUCAGCUGAGAGGCAGCACAUCACACCCCAUACAUACUUUACCCCCUCUCUUCAGAGGAACUGCAAUUGCAAACUGCUACUGGUUUCAUUUCAGCUUUUUGAAUGGGGAACUUAAAAAAUACUUUGAAGAACUAAAAGUUAUGGACAUUUAAUGGAAGCUUCCUUCCCUUUCUUCACUUUACAUCCCUUGAUGAAGCUGUUCCCAACUCACAUCAGGGAAGGAGCAAACUGUGGAGCAAUAGUUUCUUUGUUAAAGGCCACCCAGGACUUCUGUCUGGAAGGACUGUGCUAGGCCCAAGAAAGCUGUCUUACUUCACCUGUGAAGGCUGGAGAGGAAUGCUCAGUCAGAAGAGCAGACAGUUUGAAUAGUGGAAGAUUCUUUCUGUCACUGAACUCAUAUAUGAAAUUUGUCUUUCUGAAUAUUUUUGUUCAUUUAUGAUAAAAUAUAUAUAUAUUUUCA